UCGUUUAUAAAUUCCUUACACCUUUCUUGGGUCAUUACUAGUCUAACACUAAAAUUAUACUAAUCACAAAAACAAUAUUCUAAAUAACUACUGAUCUUCAAUGGAAAAUUAUGCGAGUCCAUGUAAACAUUACUAUAGAAUUCAUUGAACUUUGAAUAAGGAAAGUCCCACAGCUCGUAUCGCUAUCAGAAUAUCUGCAGUAAAUUAUAUUUUUAAAAUUUGAAAGAAGACACAUCGAUUUGACCAGCACGCAGUUGCCCAUUGGAAGCGUGCGUGACCCACAAUUGGAUCCAGAGUGGGGUACGCCUCAUAAAAUCCUUGUGCAUUGAAUCUAGUGUUUACAGUACCAGUUCAGAGCCUGACAACAUCGCUUCAAAAUGGGAACAAUGAAAUGUUUGAUAUUUCUAGCAGGAUGUUUUGUAUUCGCGAAAGCACAUACGUAUCAUAUGGGCGGUUGUCCCAUCGUGGAACCGAUGCAAGGAUUCCAAAUGAGCAGAUUUCUAGGAGUAUGGUACGUAAUACAGAAAACUUCAACUGCCAGUAAAUGCAUCACUUACAACUACACUCGGGGCGAGGAACCGGGAGAAUACGUUAUAACGCAAGAUUCUGAUCAUCCGAUGUUAGGUCUUACACCAUUGAAGCACGAGUAUCAUUACACCGGUGAAUUGUCCGUUCCGGAACCGAGUACGCCAGGCCGAAUGCAAGUUCGUUUUCCUCUUAGUGUUGCCGGAAGCGCGUCUCACGUGGUGUUCCUGACGGACUACGACAACUACGCGGGAAUCUUCACCUGCCAAAAAUUGGCAUUCGCUCAUCGGCAAAGCGCGACGAUCCUCUCCAGACAUCGAGAACUGAGCAAAGUUUACGUGGACCAGAUACGUGAACGGUUAAGCUCGUUCGGAGUAGAUCCUUUCGAUCUCAGCAUCGUCCCUCAAACAGGGUGCCCCAGAAACAACGAUACGUUCGACAUCAACGUUAACCCUAAUACGUUCACCAGCGAAAGUUUAGGCAACGUAGUUCGCAAAGCUGGAGAGAAGUUGGGUGACGGUGUUCAAUGGGUGGCUAAUACGGGAAGCAAGGUGUACCAUAAAUUGGCAGGAGACGAGCAGAACACCACUAAACCGGAAGAUAAGGCAGGAGUCGGCACUUACAAGGAGGUAGACACCAACGAGGUUGGAUGGAUCCCGUAAAAUCAGGAUGUUGGAAUUUAGAUCUCUUAAUUUUUAAGACGUCGACAAUAUUUGGUUGUUAAAUGAUUAUGAUCUGUUUAGAAAUAGCAGGAGAACCAAAGACUAACCGAAACGUAUAUUUUUUGCAAGAUUGUGAAUGAAAUAAAAACUUUGAGAGUUGAAUGAA